AUGAAACUGAAAUACUGGUGCUACGUAUUUUAUAUAAUCCCAAGUGUGAUAUGCAUAAAAUGGCGAAACAACCAGAGCGAUGCUUUUUUUGUGAAUUACGUUGACCACAAUGUGGUAGGAACAAAAGGCGGGGGGAAAAGAAGGAAACACAUUUGGCGUAGGGCAUACGAAAAUGGCAAAAGGGAGGAAGUGAACAUUUUUACCAAGAGCGGAGGGGGAGGGCUAUCCCACCUGUGCAGCAGCAUGGGGGAGGACGACCACACUGGCUCCACCUCGACGUGGGAACCCCCCGAAGAGGAUAACCAGGACGCCGCUAACAAUGCCGCUAACCACGCCGCUAACCACACCCCUAACCACGACAUUAUGCACGACCCCAAGCCCGAUGAAGACAUUUUAAAUAAGAAGGGCGCGCAGAAAGAAGUAGAAAAAAGCGUUGUCCCGCUAAACAUGGAUUGGAUAAAAGUGAUGAACCUGAUCUACACCAGCAGAGACGUGGACGCGACUACGCUAGCUUUCAACGCGGCCAUGUCGGCAGUGGAAAAAAAGGGCUGCCUGAAAAGCAUGUUAGAGAUAUUCGAAAUAAUGAAAAAAAAAAACAUAAAACCAGAUUUGGUGUCGUACAAGCUACUGCUGCGUCUAUGUGAAAAUUACCACAUGGGGGAGCACGCGGAAAUUUUAUUUGACGAAAUGGUAGAGACAGACAAGUUGACUCCCACGUACGAAAUUUACGCUCUCAUGAUAAGCUGCUUUGCCAAAGCGGGGGACGGACACAAGGCGGUCGAAUUUUUGGAGAAGCUCCGCAGCGACCCCAUGGUGGAGGAAAUAAACAACUGGGGGGACGACGUUACGGGUGAUGGCCAGAAUAGCGGUGAUGGCGAGAACGGUGCUGAUGGCGGGAACCGCGUGUGGAAGGAUGCCUUUGCGGAAGAGGCCACCACAGAAGACGACAACGCAAAGGAGGAAGGAAACACCUACACAAAUCAGUUUAAAGAAAUAACCAACAAGAUCAAACACAUCGAAAAGGGAAGCAGCAAAAUCCAGUACAGCGAAUACGCCAAUGUAAUCUUCGCAUGCAAUAUGUCCAAUUUACCUGAACAAGGAAUAAAAUAUUUUGAGGAAUUAUUAAACACAGGAAAGUACAUGCCCUCUACCCUCCUCCUCGAAAGCAUAUUCGACCUAUUGGCAAAAAAUGGAAAUUGUGACAAGUGUCUUGAGUAUUAUAACAAACUGAAGGAUGAUCAAAAUCUUAAAAAAUAUUUAAAUGUUAAUAUCCUAAAUAAUAUUUUAAAAGCAUUAAGUGUGCAUGCAAAAAUUAACAUCAUCGAACAAGUGUGGAAAAAUGAAUUCGAUGAUUUAAUGUUAAGUCCAAAUGCUAUUUCUUAUGCUUAUAUGUUGAAUGUGUAUAGCAUUGUCGAUGAUUAUCAAAAGGCCUUCAAUCUUUUUAAAGAAAUGCAAAUGAAAAAAUUAUUAAGUAAGAAUAAUAUUAUUCCCUUUGUAUAUACAAUUAAUGCUUUUAAAAAUUGCGGAAUAUAUAAUUACGCCAUUUAUGUUUUGAGGGUAGCUAAAAUGAUGAAUGUAUCAUCAGAAGAUUUACUAAAGCUUUACAAUGACGCCAUGAUUGCUUGUAUAAAUUGUAAAAAAUACGACGUGGUCAUUUCGCUUUACGCUGAAUUAAUUACUAUGCAAGAAAAAGGGACGCCUUCUCUCGAAAUCAACAUCAGCACUCUUGGCUUCGUCCUCUUGGCCUUUAAAGAACUCAACAUGCGCGAAGACUUUACAAAUUUGAAAAAUUUAAUAAUUCAGAAAAAUUACAAGUUGACUCCGCUCUGCAGCAAGUUGAUUAGUGAAGAGGCCGAUUGA